GCAAAAUGGCAAACCUAAAGAUUAGCUGGGUUGAGAUGCAAGUCUACAGCAACCUUAGCAAGGUCUAUAACAAGCCUAUGGGGAGAAAUCAUGUUUGCAUUACUUGGUAGGCUGAAAUCAUUACAGACCUCAAUUCAAAUGUUUUUUUCUCUUCCUCCCCACCCCCACCCCAAAGGCCCUGAAAUUAUCUAAAUCAAUGACUCAAAUCAAUGCAGUUGUAUUAGUUUGUGAGGAAGAUGCCUAACCUCUACUUGGGAAUUCUUCAACAGACUACAUUAUCCAAAAGUAAGGGGCAGGAAAAGUAGUAGUCCAAGUUUGUUUUUUAAUGUAACCUGAUGAAAACUUCUGGGGAAUUAUAAAAUUGGUGGGAUAGCUGGGUGGGUCUUCUAAAGUUGUCACUGCCUGUGGGCUUUUAUAAGUUAAUUUAAAACAAAUUAAAACAGCCACAGAAUAAAAUCAAAGUAAAAUUAGCAAUACAUGUAUAAGGUUCUAAAAAGAAUCAGCACAUACUUAAAAUGGAAAAGUUAAAAAACCUGAGAAAACAGAGAAGCGUUUGAUAUAAAAACACCAGUUGAGUCUCUUUUUGAGGAAGGCAGUUAUAUCUGGAGCUUAGGCAUUAAAAGCACCCACUGUUCUCUAGAUAAAUACACAGAGGUAAAUUAAAUAUGAGAGGAAAUGAUCCUUCAAAUAAACUGGUCUCAAACUUUUUAAGAAAUCUGAAUUCUAAUAUGCUGAACUGGGGGCAGGAACUGACAGAAAGGCAAAGAGAAGACUUAGUCAUGGAAUAUUUUUUAGUUGUUCUUUGCAGGAAAUACAUUCCCAAAGGUAACAGUCAGCAAAUUCCAAGAAAUGCAGGCAAAGCUUGACAACUAUCUCCCCCUCUGUUCCAGUUUCUCCCAAAAAAAUUAUGCUUUCUGGCUUCUAGCCCUGUCUAUCAAGAAAGAAGAUUGUGUUGCAAUCCUCGCAAAUCCAUGCCAGUAAUAAUGUUCCAACAGCCUUUCCUGAAUCGCUCAGAACCAACAACCCUCUCCUUUGUCUUCAAAUUUCAAUUGAUCACAGCUUUUUUAAUUCUCAGCCAACAAACAACCCUAUCUGCAGAAAGUUAUGCAAGGUAACAACAGCUUCAGAGAAAGGAAUUAAUAUGUUCUGAAGCCAACUGCAAGCUGAAGGACUUGAAUCUUCGUGGUUGUUUUCUCAAAUCCAAAGGAAGUCUGUCCAAUGGCUUAACUCCCCAAAGGAAUAUUCAUUACAACAAGGACAUGUCUAGCCAAUGUGAAGAUCAUAUAGCAGUAACAGAAGAGAAGCGCAUUGGAUGUAAAGCUGCCUUCUGCAAUUGACUGAUGGUGAUUUUGUCAGUGCCAGUGGUGUUCAAAUGCUGCUCCAGAUGUUUUGGAAUUAUUAUUUAUUCAAUUUGUAUGUCUGCCCAUCUCAUCGAAGCAACUCUGAGCAACUUACAACAGCUCUGUCAAGUUACUUAAGGCUGGUUCUGAAUGGAAAGAACUAAAUCACAGUAAGGUUGCAAUACCUUCUUCACAAAAUAGGAAGCUUAUACCAACAUUUACUAAGUCAAAAAAAUCAUUGAUUAAAAGACAAGAAAAAUGUUUUGAGGAAACUACAGUAAUUUGGACCGAAAAGGGUCAACAUAUGGAUAAAAAUGUAUCUACAACAGCAGAAAAUACUCUCCAGAACCCAGUUACAUCUGCAGAAUCAUCAGUGACAAAAAUGGAGAGUGCUAGAGAUCAAAUAAUUCCUCAUUGUGAAAGAAUAAAUGAAAGACUAGAUGUAAAAAUACAAGAUAAAUAUGGGAUUAGAAAAACAAACGAUAAUGAUGCCGCAUCAGGAUUAUCUGAUUCUCAGCAAAAAGCAGAAAUUGAACCAAAUUCACAAGCAAGCAACUACAAAGAAGAAAUGUCACAAAAACAAGUUUCUUCUUCUCCAUGUGUAUCAAGUAAUAAUGAUGUGAAUAAUUUUGAAAAGAAAGCUCUCCCUAUAGAGCCACUUAAAUACCAACUGGUGAAGCAGAUGAAUGUAAGCAUGUUGCUAGAAGAUAGGAGUAUUGACCAUAUUAAAAGUGGCCAAAAUGAAGAAGAGCAUCUGGAUAAUUCAGGCAUAAAUGUGCAACAAGAUAAAUCGAUGCAGAUUAUCUUGAAAGCAAAUGAAACAGAUGACCCUAACUGGAUUAAUAAUGGAAACGGGAAAGAUUCACAUUAUUCUGAGUGCAUGGAUAGCCAAACCCAAAAGGUGACCAACAUGAUUCAACUUCCAGUUAAUACAGAUACAUUCAUUCCUACAUCAGAAAAAUUGAAUAGUUCUCCAUGUACAACUAGUGCAAAUAAACAGAGAAAUGCCAAUGCCAAAGAAACAGAGAGACUUCCUGAUAAAAGUGGAAAUACUGAAGAACAAAAUGACAAUUGUACAUGUAGCAAUAAUGAAAUUUCUGCACCUGGAGCCUAUAAAUCUGUACUGAUUAAAAAAGCUUCUGAUCAGCAGAAUCUCGAAUCAAAUGGCAAACCUGUAGAGAAAGGCAUUAGAAGCAUAGACUCUUGUAGAAAAGAGUCAAUUCUUGCAGAACAAAAUAGCAUCAAAAACCAAGGUAUUCCUGAGAAAGAGUUUCCACAUGUUCAGCCUGUUGAUCCCUAUUUAGAAAAGGGAGUGAAUCAUUCUGAGCCAAUUUGUGACCAGAUCAUUUUAAAAGGAAGUCUGAUUUCCCCACAAUUUAAUGAAGAUGUUCUACCCGAAAGCAGAAAAAUUUCUGUGGAGGAUAUUGCUUGCAUAAAGGAGAGCAUUUGUAACUUGACUGAACCAAAUGUUCCUACUCUGCUGAUCCAAAAAGAGAAUACAAUUUGUUCUGAACAUUUGGUGUUGAAUAUGCAGCAAUCAGAACUCAGAGAAAAUAAUUUGAUUAUAGACAAUAUUAUGAAUGCAUUGCCAAGCAGAAAUGUUGUUGAGAAAACAGUAAUGAAGGUUUCCAAGGGAGAACCAAAACCAAGGAAAAGUGUCUUCUUUUCCAGCGAUAUCUAUAUGGCAGAUGAAGAAUCAGCUCAGUGUGAAGGAAACAAGAGCAAACCUGACCAAGUGGAAAGCAGCCUUCAUUCUGUAGAGAUUCUUCCACCACAAGUGUUGGGUGACCCCAAUAAGGAAAUUGAUGCACAGUCAAAAAUGCAAGGAUCUUUUGCUGCAUAUGGGCCAGAUUCCAGCAUCAGUGCACCAAAUGAUCUUGACAUGGGAGCUCAAGUAUAUUCUCCUUGCCCAACUUCCUUUUCUCUGGAGCUGGAAUCUUUGCCCGACACUCGAUUGGAGGGCGUCCUGGAAAGCCAUGGUGUUGAAUUUCAAUCACAGAAAACAUGUGUUCUGAAUGAUUUACAGACACGUUUCAAGGACAAAAGUAAUCAGUAUACCACAAGGAAACAAGGAGAAAAUAAAAUCUCACCCCCUGAUUCUACUGAAAUAUUUGCAAAUAUUGUCAGAGAUGAAAUGAAGGUAAUUUGUGAUCCAUCCAAACAGGAGGAUGCAACAGAGGUUGUUUAUGGACUAAUUAAAGAGCUGUCUAAUCUCAACCGAUUGAUCAUGAGUACACACAGAGAUCUGGAUUCCUUCAAGAGACUGAAGUCUCGGAGAAACAAACAACAUGGGAGGCUCCUAUCCCACAACAUGAACAAUAUGACAAAUAUGUCUUGUGCAGUGAAAAAGAAGAGAGAAUUACAGUAUAACGUGUAGAUUCUGUUAUUCCUUCAGUAUUUAUAAGAAUGUUUGCUCUACUUUUGGCAGUUUUCCUUAGCUAUGUCAGCCUAUCAGGAGGGGCGGUAUUU